ACUUUCGUGUUUUUUGGGUACCACUCGAUAUUGGGGCUUCAACUAUUUAAUCGAUCAAGCCGCACCGCCCCAACAAAUAGAAGUGGGUUUUUUUUUCGAUCAACCCCGUAUUUUAGCGAAGUCAGGUGGAAUAUUUUCAUUCAUGUGUAAGCCAUUAUUAGUUGAGACUUAUUUUUGCAAUAUAUUCCUAGAGUGUGGAUACAAUUACGAAAGGCUGCAGUACAUUAGUGCUUCAGAUCUUGAUUUAAUAUUUUCCAAGAGAGAACAUCUUGGUCUGAAAUCCGAGUUCCGUGAGAAGCUCCAAAAAUGGAAGCGAGCACAACACAUUGAUGUCUGCGCAGGGGAUACGACACCAACAUAUAAAGAAAAGCCUUCCCGCCACUUAGCUUUAACCGUUACGCAUACACAUUUGAAGCGUGGAGAGAGGGGAAAGCUUUCUGGAGCUUCAACCGGUGUCGCUGUCUUCCGCUCAUUCGUCCAUUCACUGCCAAAGUGGUAGCAACGGUGCGGGUGAAAGUUGCU